AUGGAAGAUAGAGGAUCAAAGAAGCAAGGGAUGGCCGGCGGCGACGCUGUGUGCACCCCUGCAGGUGCGGUCACCGCCGCCUUCCCGUCCCUGGCCCCGCCGGUGACGCUGCUGGUGGCCGGGCAGCGGCGCACGCUGGUGGUCUGCCUGGUCCUGGACGUCGCGGCCCCCGGCCCGGACAGCCCCGUCUGGUUCUCCGCCGGCAACGGCAGCGCCCUGGACGCCUUCACCUACGGCCCGGCUCCGGGCACUGACGGCACCUGGACCGCGCUGGCCCAGCUGUCCCUGCCCGCAGAGGACUCGGCAGCCUGGGAGUCCCUGGUGUGCCACGCGGAGCCCGGGCCCGGGAGCCCGCGCCGCAGCACGCAGCCCCUCCGGCUGGCAGGUGGGGGCGCCGCUGAGCCGCGCGCCGGGGUGGGGGAGCAGCGGGGGGGGUACCAGGCCCAGGGCCUGUGGCUGGCGGCCCUGAGGCUGCUGCUCUUCAAGCUGCUGCUCGGCGAUGUGCUCCUGACCUGCACCCGCCUGCCUUGGCCUCCUGCAGGCACUGGCAGCUACCAUCCUGGCGCCGGGCUGCAGUGACCAAGGGACUCCUGAAGGGGCACCUGCCACCCAGGUUCUUGCUAAGUACGACAGACUGGCCUUGAACUUGCAAUCUUCCUGCCUCAGCCUCUAGUACUGGGAUUGCAGAUGUGCACCACCACAUCACCCAGCUCUGAGCAUUUUGUAAUAUGUGACCUGCCUCCUCCAGUUGACUGAGUUUCCUGGGACUGAGUCUGCCUCCUCCUUCAGACUGAGGGCUUCGGGAAGAUGAAAACUGUAUCUGCUCUUCACAUUAAGAGUCCUGGUUAGCUUGGAUCUGCCCAGGCCCCGGGGAUUCCAGGGGCAGAGAAUUGAGCACAAUUAAAGAAUCUACAUGACAUAAGAAAAUGAAAAUACCAUGAGUUCCAUCCCUAGUACAAAAAAGAAAAAAGAAAAUAUGCUUAAACAUAAUUUUAAAUGGUCAAUAUUUAAUUGUGUGAGGCAGAGCAGGAAUUGGGCAGAGUUAGAGGCACAGGACUCUGGGGGGGCUCCCUGGAGGAGGUAGCUUCCUAAGCACAAGAAGCUGGAGAUGCAGGGAAGGGCUCAGGCCAGAAGAAGCUGCCGAUCUCUGUCUUCCCACAGUCAGGUGCUUGGCCAGGCCUCCCUGAUCUGACCCAAGUUGUGAAGAGCAGGCGGGGAACCAAGAGCCUGGGGAGGGUGCUGGGCUCGAGUUGGGUCUGCACUCAAUGGAAGGAACAGGACCUGGAGCUGGGAAACAGGUUCAGCCCAAGGCUCAGAGUACCAGGCAGUGAUGCCACAUCUGUGCACUGUUAAUCAAACCAGGGCCUUUAUUCACUUGACAAAUAUUCAUCAAGCAUCAACUUCGAUCCAGACAAUAAAGAGACUGGUUUGCUUUGG